GAAAAAGAUUUCCCAUGAUUCCAUAGUUUGUAGUUUACGGAGUAGCUAGCUCGCUAAUUGAGCUAACUACACAGUAGCGGUGGCACAAAGGGUGAGAUGACCUCCACGCUGGGCCAGACGGCUCCUCUGGUCUCAAACCUGGAACCAGGGAUGGGGAGGUCUGCUGCCGUGCUGGGGCUGUCUGCGGGGGUAGGGGGGGCAGAGAUGGAGCUGCAGAAGAUGCUGAUCAAUGAGAGGAUCAAGUCUGAAAACCACCGAACCAACUACCAGAAGCUGAUGGCUGAGCACACCAGCCUGCAGACGGAUUUCACGCGGAUGCAGAGCGAAUUUAAACGCCUGCUGAGCGAAAGACAGUCGGAGCAAGAGAAGCUGCAGCGUCUGCUGGCGGAGCUGCGAGGAGAGCUGCUGGACAAAACCCGGGAGCUGGAGGAGCUACGGCUACAGGUGAUGACGCCUCAGCGGUUGGAGCUGCUCAGGGCUCAGGUGCAGCAGGAGAUGGAGGCUCCUGUGAGGGAGCGCUUCAACAAGCUGGAGGAGGAGACGGAGCGGUACCGGUCCGACUACAACAAGCUGCGCUACGAUUUCACCUUCCUCAAGUCCCAGUUUGAGCACCAGAGAGAAGAGCACGCUCGUGUGCUGGAGGAGAGAAGGAUCAUCUACGAGGCGGAGGUUGCUCGACUGGAGAGGGACAGAAAGGAACUGGUGGCUCAUUAUCAGGGCUCAGACGCUCUGAGUGACGGGAGGCGGGUGGAGGCUCUGCUGAGAGAGAAGGCCCAGCUGAACCAGAGGCUCAAAGGCCUGGAGGCAGAAGUAGCCGAGCUCCGAGCGCAGAAGGAGAACUCAGGGCAGCAGGCUGAGAGCGUCCAGCGCACCCAGACCAGACAGCUGACUGAGCUGCAGGCGGCCGUCAAAUCGCUGGAGGCGGAGCGUCUGUCGUUGCGUCAGCAGCUGGAAAGAACGGGGUCUGAGCUUCAGCAGAGCCAAGAGCAGAACAGCCAGCUCACAGGACGGCUGCUCAAAGCAGAGAGAGAUGUCAUCUCGCUGAACUCGCAGAUGGAAAGCCUGAAGCAUUCCCAUAAGCUGGAACUGGCGGGCGUCAAACUGGAGUGUGCUAGCUCUAAAAGAGAGCUGGAGAGGGAGAGGGACGCUGUGCAGGCCCAGAUGGACGGGCUUCAGACUGACAUUGAUGUUCUGAAGGAAGCACUGGACCGAAGCAAGGAGGUUUUGGUGGAAAAAGAGAGGGAGCUGGUGAGGAAGGUGCAGUCGGUCCGAGAGGAGGAGUUCCACAAACAAGCCACUUUAAACGAGGAAAAGUUGGAGCUGGAGAAUCGCCUCGCCAUGUUAGAGCAGCAGAGGGCGCUGCAGGACGCCUCAGAUCAAACCUUAAAGGAGGAGUGGGAGGAAUGGGUCCGCAGCGCUCAGCAGGGAGAGGAGUCGGCUCGCAGAGAGCUGCUUAACCUGAGAAACAAGCUGCAGCAGCAGAGUUUGAAGAUGGAGGAGCUGGAGAGACAAAGAGCAGAGAUGGCCGACCUUCAGCAGCAGAACCAGGAGCUGGGGGUCCAGCUGGCGGCGCUGAGGCGUUCUGAAAGCGAGCUGAUGGACGCAAACCAGAGCCUGAGAGAAACGGUGGACAGAGCGAGGGAGGAACUGAGGGCAGCGCGGGCACAGGCGGAGAGGAGUCAGCACGAGGCGGAGAGGAUGGUGGAGGACCAGCUGGUGGAGAAGCACAGGCUGCAGCAGCGGGAGGCGGAGCUUCAGCAGAAAUACUCUCAGGCCAAAGAGAAGCUGCAGAGAGCAGCGGCGGCUCAGAAGAAGAGGAAACAUCAGACAGAGAACCGAGAGAAGAAGCUGCAGGAUAAGAUCCAGCUGCUGGAGGCCAAAAUCGAGGAGCUGGAACUAGAAGCUGCUGCUGCUAAGAAGCGCUCGGUUUUCUCAGAGGAGCAGGCUCAGCUGAAGAGACGUCUGAAGGAGCUGCAGCGGCGACACCACGAGUUCCGCCGCCUCCUCCUGGGCGGCCAGGGGCCCCACCCCAUGACCUCCUCCCUCUCCCUACCGGUCCUCGGGUGCGAGGGCCCGCUUUCUGUCGACCUGGAGGCGGAGUUCUCUGUGCUGCGGAGGAGACUGGAGAGUCUGGAGAACGCUCAGCAGCAGCAGCUGGAGGAACUGGGCUCACUGGUGCAACAAUGAGCACGGCUCUGCUCCCAAACCUGACCUCUGACCCCGACCGUGUCACCUUCGUUCCAAAGCUCCUCAGGAAUAAAUCUUUUAUUGUUUACAUUUAUCUCCCUCCUCAACGGGCCUGGAAAGCCUUUAGAGCCGAUAAACACGAUACCCUGAA